UGUCACCUUCCUUCCUAUCCCAUCCCACCUGCCCCCCACCGCUCCGUCUCCGUGGCCACGCGCGCGCGCACUCCCCAUUCCAUUUCCAUUCCCCAUUGAUCAAGACCUCCACCGCCCGCCCGCCCCCGCAACUUUAAACGCCGCACGCGCGCCCGCGGGCACCAUUAAUUAUGCCCGGCUAAACACCCCCUGACACGCACGUAACAUCUUCCGCCCAACGCGUCUAUGUCGCUCCGCCGGCUGUGCUUCGUGCUGCCCAUGGACGGGGAUGAGGUCCUCGUGGCCUCCGCUGACGACGACCACGACGACGAUGCCCGGCCGCGCCCCGGGGAGAGGCUGGGCUCGUACGUCCGCGACAAGGUCGGCCGCGCGCUGUCCUGCCUCCGCUGCGGCUGCCGUGACUCCCGGUCGGCGGUGGGCUUCGAGGACAUGGACGGCGUCUACGAGGUUGGGGCCAGGAAGAUCAGAGGCGCGGCGGGGCCCAGGGUGUUCAGCUACUCGGAGCUCUACAUCGGCACCAGCGGCUUCAGUGAUCAAGAGGUGCUCGGCAGCGGGGGGUUUGGCCGGGUGUACCGCGCCGUGCUGCCGAGCGAUGGCACCACGGUGGCCGUCAAGUGCGUGGCCAGCGUCGGCGUCGACCGCUUCGAGAAGUCCUUCCUGGCGGAGCUGGCCGCGGUUGCCCGGCUGCGGCACCGCAACCUCGUGCGGCUCCGCGGGUGGUGCGUCCGGGACGAGGAGGAGCUGCUGCUCGUGUACGACUACAUGCCCAACCGCAGCCUCGACCGCCUACUCUUCGCGCCGGCCUCGGUUGCCCCGGGCGCGCCGGCGCUCGGCUGGGACCGGCGUCGGCGCAUCGUGGCCGGCCUCGCCGCCGCGCUGCUCUACCUGCACGAGCAGCUCGACACGCAGAUCAUCCACCGGGACGUAAAGACCAGCAACGUCAUGCUUGAUUCCGAGUACAACGCCCGCCUGGGGGACUUCGGCCUCGCCCGCUGGCUCGAGCACGCCGUCGAGGACGCGCCGCCCACCAAAAAGCUCGAGGUGCUGCCGUCGCCGCCUUCCGUGCGGUCGACGUCGUCGUUUUCCUCGUCGGCCAACUACCAGUUCCGGCUGAUCGACACGAGCAGGAUCGGCGGCACCAUCGGGUACCUCCCUCCGGAGAGUUUCCAGCGCAGGGGCGCGGCCACGGCCAAGUCCGACGUGUUCAGCUUCGGGAUUGUGCUCCUGGAGGUGGCCACCGGACGCCGGGCGGUCGAUCUGGCGUACCCCGACGACCAAAUCUUCAUGCUGGAUUGGGUACGCCGGCUGUCCGACGAGGGAAAGCUGCUCAAAGCCGGUGACCGUAAGCUGCCGGAUGGUGCGCGUGCCAUGUUCGACAUGGGCCGGUUCAUCCACCUCGGCCUCCUCUGCUCGCUGCAUGACCCAAGGGCUCGUCCUACGAUGAAGUGGGUGGUGGAGAACAUCUCCGGCAGCUGCUCCGGCGACCUCCCGGCGCUUCCGUCCUUCUUAGCACUCCCAAAGUACAUCUCUCUCACCUCAUCCUCCGACGACUCCGGUACCUCGACAACAAUCGCCGGCACGAACAGCACAGCCACCUCUGCUGCGUCGACGAAGCACAUGUACGCCACAGCGGCUGGUACCACCAUCUACCUCACCGCAGAAGACGGCAGGUCUCCCACAGGCGGCUCGGGUGAGAAUAAGAGCGGCAACAGCCAACUAUCGUCGCCGCGGCCAGCGGUGACAGUUCCAAAUGUGGACACUCCGCGUGAGAUAUCGUACAAGGAGAUCGUGGAGAUCACGAACGACUUCUCCGAGUCGCAGGUGGUGGCGGAGCUGGACUUCGGGACAGGGUACGAGGGCUUCUUGGACAACGGCAAUGGCGGGCGCGUCCACGUCCUCGUGAAGCGGCUGGGCAUGAAGACGUGCCCGGCGCUGCGCGUCCGGUUCGCGAACGAGCUCUGCAACCUGGCCAAGCUGCGGCACCGGAACCUGGUGCAGCUGCGCGGGUGGUGCACGGACCACGGCGAGAUGCUCGUCGUCUACGACCACUCCCCGGGGAACCUCUUGAGCCACCACCUCCUCGCCCGGCACAGCAAUUCUGGCAUCCUCUCGUGGCGCCACAGGUACGGCAUCGUGAGGGCGCUGGCGUCCGCCGUGCUGUACCUGCACGAGGAGUGGGACGAGCAGGUCAUCCACCGGAACAUCACGUCGGCGGCGGUGUUCCUGGACCCCGACCGGAGCCCGCGGCUGGGCAGCUUCGCGCUCGCAGAGUUCCUGUCAAGAAACGAGCACAAUAACCCCCACGUGGUCUUGCCCACCGGCUCAGGUACAGCGCGGGGCAUCUUCGGGUACAUGUCGCCGGAGUACAUGGAGAGCGGCGAGGCCACCACGAUGGCCGACGUGUACAGCUUCGGGGUGGUGGUUCUCGAGGUCGUGACCGGCGCGAUGGCGGUGGACAUGAGGUCGCCGGAGGUGCUGCUCGUGAGGAAGGUGCAGGUCGGCCAGGAGCAGGACGUCCGUGGCGUGGAGGCGCUCGCGGACAGGCGGCUGGACGGCAGGCUCGAUCGGCGAGAGCUGGUGCGGCUGGCGAAGCUGGGCAUCGCGUGCACGCGGUCGGACCCGGCGGCGCGGCCGAGCAUGAGGAAAGUCGUCAGCAUUCUGGACGGCAACGACGAGGUGCUGAGGAAGUUCGAGCGGCGGAUGGAGAGCAGGGAGGAGUGGGAGAGGAAGAACGCGGCGGCUCUGUCCUUGGUGAGGAGACUGCAGGCUCUUGGCAUACACUGAAACAUCAAACAUGCAUCGCAGUUAAUGUAAGCUGACAAUUUACAUUCCAGAGAAGAGGCUAUCGUAUGUUUCUUUGUUCAUAUGCAAAAAAAAAAAAAAAGAUCUGGUGCAUUUUGUGUGGAUAUUAAUACUGUACGUGUGAUUUUGUAGUGAGAGUGACUAUAUAUAUAGCUCAGUUGACUAUAUUGGUAAGUGUCUCAUUGAGUUAGACAUGAUUUUUUCUUGCACUAUCA